AUGAGUGAUAACGAGGCAUCGGGACCAACCGUCAAGUACGUUCACAAACCUGAGGGACCUGAGGGUACGGCUAAGGAAAAGUCAGGCAUCGGGGGAAUGGAUGGCGCUAGUAAAAGGCAACGAGGCAGUGAGACCUCCUACGAAAUGGCGAUAUUCUCAAAAACGCAUUCUACAACUGCUCAGUUCAGAGUUGGCGUAAACUUACGGCACAACUCGGUACAACUGGUAGGAGUAAUGUCGAUUUUUCAAAGUCCGGUAGGUGCAACGCUCGUUUACAACCAACAUCUGCCACGAGUUGUGACGCCGCCUUGGCUACGGGCUGAUACUAAAGAUUCAUGCAAAGCUACGAAAAAGAUGAGUCAUUCGAACCCAGCGAACGCCACAAUCAACCUCGUGUACAAACUGAAGUGGUGGAUGCCAUAUCAACUUGCCAAAAAAAAUGACUGUCUUAUUUGA